GAGACGACGUCAGGACAUUGCCCAAUCAUGGCACGUUGUGCGUGACUCGUGGGCUGUCAGCCAAUGGCGGGCUUUGUUGAGUCUGCCCAAUGAGGCUCGCCGCUACCUCGAAGUCGUCGCUCGGUUUGUGUCGGAUCCGCUCGAGCUCGAACAAUCGCACCCGUCAUGCCUCAGACCAACAAGUCCGUCGGCGCCGCCAGCGCUUCGGGUCCGGCGUGCGCCGCCGACCAGGGCGAGCCGCCGCCGUCCACGCGGGACCUCGACACGCAGCGGGACGCCGCCGAGGACCGGGGAGACCCGGAGAUCGUCAAGUCGCCCAACGACCCCAAGAAAUACAGAUGCAUCCAGCUGAGCAACGGCCUCAGAGCGCUGCUCAUCUCCGACUUGAGCGUCGCCGACGGGAAGACCCAAGGCGGCGACGGCGCGGACCGGGACGACGAGGAGGAAGACGAGACGGAUUCGGGCGAGGGCUCGGAGGAGGAUGACGAGGGCGACGAAGCGGAAGGGCGAGACAGCGACUUUACGGAUGAGGACGAAGACGAGGACGGCGCCACUAAAAAGAAGAAGAAGAGUGCAGAAAAGCAGGCCGCAGCCGCCUUGUGCGUCGCCGUCGGCAGCUUCAGCGAUCCCGACCAACUCCCGGGUCUCGCCCACUUCCUGGAGCACAUGGUGUUCAUGGGAAGCGAGAAGUACCCGGCGGAGAACGGCUUCGACGCCUUCCUCAAGAAGCACGGCGGCAGCGACAACGCGUCCACCGACUGCGAGAGGACCGUCUUCCAGUUCGACGUGCAGAAGAAGCACUUCCGGGAGGCCCUCGACAGGUGGGCCCAGUUCUUCAUCUGCCCGCUGAUGAUCGAGGACGCCGUGGACCGAGAGGUGGAGGCGGUGGACAGCGAGUACCAGCUGGCGAGACCGUCCGACUCUCACCGCAAGGAGAUGCUGUUCGGCAGCCUGGCCGUGCCGGGACAUCCCAUGAGCAAGUUCUGCUGGGGAAACGCUCGCACCUUGAAACAGGAGCCCCGAGAGCGAGGGAUGGACACCUACCGCCAUCUGCGAGACUUCUGGACCCGCUUUUACUCGGCCCACUACAUGACGCUCGCUGUGCAGUCCAAAGAGACUCUGGACACCCUGGAGCGGUGGGUCCGCGAGAUCUUCGUCCACAUCCCCAACAACGCCGAACCGCCGGUGGACUUUUCUCACCUGCCGAGGCCGUUCGACACGCCGGCUUUCAACAAACUCUACAGAGUGGUUCCCGUGCGGAAGGUGCACGCGCUGAGCGUCAGCUGGGCCCUGCCCCCCCAGGGGAAGCACUACAGGGUGAAGCCUCUCCACUACAUCUCCUGGCUGAUCGGACACGAGGGCAGCGGCAGCAUCCUGUCGGCGCUGCGGAGGAAGUGCUGGGCUCUGGCUCUGUUCGGGGGCAACAGCGAGACGGGCUUCGACCAGAACACCACCUACUCGGUCUUCUCCGUCUCCAUCACCCUGACCGACGAGGGCUUCCGCAACUUCUACCAGGUGGUCCACUUGGUGUUCCAGUACCUGAAGAUGCUGCAGACUCUCGGCCCUCAGCAGAGGAUCUACGAGGAAAUCCAGAAGAUCGAAGACAACGAGUUCCGCUAUCAGGAGCAGACAGACCCCAUCGAGUUUGUGGAGAACAUCUGCGAGAACAUGCAGCUGUUUCCCAAGGAGGACUUCCUGACCGGGGACCAGCUCAUGUUUGACUUCGACCCCGAGGUGAUCGGCGACGCUCUGUCCUUGCUGACCCCCGCCGGGGCCAACCUGCUGCUGCUUUCCCCGGAACACGAAGGCCUCUGCCAGCUCAGGGAGAAAUGGUUCGGCACCUCUUACAGCGUGCAAGACAUCCCGCCCGAGUGGGCUCAACGAUGGGCGUCGGACUUGGACGUCAACCCUGAACUUCACCUUCCCGCUGCAAACAAGUUCAUCGCGUCCGAUUUCGCUCUGAGGCCGUCCGACCGUCCCGACACGGAGUUUCCCGUCAAGAUCUUGGACGACGAGCGAGGUUGUCUCUGGUACAAGAAGGACAACAAGUUCAAGAUCCCCAAAGCGUAUAUUCGCUUCCACUUGAUCUCCCCGAUGAUUCAGAAGAGUCCCGAGAACGUGGUGCUGUUCGACCUGUUCGUCAACAUCCUGGCGCACAACCUGGCCGAGCCGGCGUACGAGGCCGACGUGGCCCAGCUGGAGUACAAACUGGUGGCGGGCGAGCACGGCCUGCUGAUCAAGCUCAGGGGCUUCAACCACAAGCUGCCCCUGCUGCUGAAACUGCUGGUGGAGCACAUUGCCGACUUCAGCUCAGACGCGGGCGUCUUCGCCAUGUUCUCGGAGCAGCUGAAGAAGGCCUACUUCAACGUCCUCAUCAAGCCGGAUCGUCUGGGCAAGGACGUGCGUCUGUUGAUCCUGGAGCGCAGCCGCUGGUCGCUGAUCGAGAAGUACCGCGCCGUCGCGGCGGGCCCGACCCUCGGCGACUUGUUGGCCUUCGUGGACGAGCUGAAGGCGGAGCUCUACGCGGAGGGACUGGUCCAGGGCAACUUCACCGCCGCGGAGUCCGAGGAGUUCCUGCACUACUUCACCGAGGGGCUGCGCUACCGGCCUCUGUCAGCAGAGGUCCCCGUGUCUUUCCGGGUGGUGGAGCUGCCCGUCGGCCAUCACCUGUGCAAGGUCAAGUCCCUCAACAAGGGCGACGCCAACUCGGAGGUUACCGUCUACUACCAGUCGGGACUGAAGAAUCUGCGUGAACACGCCCUGAUGGAGCUACUAGUGAUGCACAUGGAGGAGCCGUGCUUCGACUUCCUUCGGACCAAAGAGACGCUGGGGUACCACGUGUACCCCACCUGCAGGAACACCUCCGGGGUCCUGGGCUUCUCCGUCACCGUGGAAACGCAGGCCAGCAAGUUCAGCACGGAGUUUGUGGAGUCCAAGGUGGAGGAGUUCCUGCAGCGGUUCGGCGAGCGUCUGUCGGCGUUGAGCGACGAGGCCUUCGAGACGCAGGUGACGGCGCUCGUCAAGCUGAAAGAGUGCGAGGACGCUCACCUCGGCGAGGAAGUGGACCGGAACUGGUUCGAGGUGCUCACCAGGCAGUACCUCUUCCGGAGACUGGACAUGGAGAUCUCGGCGCUGAAGGGCUUCACCCGCGAGGUUCUGCUCUCCUGGUUCGCCGAGCAUCGCCGCGCCGGCAGGAAGCUGAGCGUGCACGUGGCGGGCUUCGGCGCGGAGGAGGGCGACCCGCCGGAACCCGACCCCGGGCCGGCCUGCGCCCCGGACGGCGCCGACGCGGCCUCGUCGUCCUACGGCGAAGUGAGCUCGCUGACUUUCCCGGACGUCUCCUCGUCCGCCCUGAGGGACGCCGCCGUCGCGACCGUCCGCGACAUCCGACCCUUCGCCUCCGGCCUCCCCCUGCACCCCCACCACAAAGUCCUCAGCUAGCACCGCUCGCUGCCGAACGCGUCACGCAGGCCAUUAAAGGCUCUUUUCUGUU